CGUGGUUACACGGUGCGAAUCCCGGUGACAGGCACAUGCACAGUCUGGAGAUCCGGGAGCGGAGCGCCUGAAGGGGAGCUCCAGUCAGCAGCGCACUGCACCCUUCGGAUUUCAGGUUGGAGCUGGAGGACCUUAGGAAGGACGGAGGAGACAGACUCAUAAACAACAUACAAGAUGGCGCUAGCCAGAGAUCCAGGGACGGGCCAGGAGCAGAGAGAUGCAGCCGACCAGAACUUUGACUACAUGUUUAAGCUGCUGAUCAUAGGCAACAGCAGUGUUGGAAAGACCUCCUUCCUGUUCCGCUUCGCAGAUGACUCCUUCACGUCAGCCUUCGUCAGCACCGUGGGCAUCGACUUCAAAGUCAAAACCAUCUACAGGAGCGACAAGAGAGUCAAACUUCAGAUCUGGGACACAGCAGGACAGGAGCGCUACCGGACCAUCACCACAGCUUACUACAGAGGGGCCAUGGGCUUCCUGCUCAUGUAUGAUAUCACCAGCCAGGAGUCGUUCUGCGCUGUACAGGACUGGGCAACCCAGAUCAAGACGUACUCAUGGGGCAACGCUCAAGUAGCACUGGUAGGCAAUAAACUGGACUUGGAGGAAGACAGGCAGGUCCCCACUGAAGACGCCCAAAGACUGGCUACAGAGCUCGGCUUCCAGUUCUUUGAGGCCAGUGCCAAAGACAACAUCAAUGUGAAGCAGGUUUUUGACAGCCUGGUGGACGCCAUCUGUGAGAAGAUGAACGAGAGUCCCAACGGUGACACCAGUCCAUCAGUCAAUAACAAGGGAGCCAACCUGAAGGAGACGCCCAGCAGCAGCCGGGGUGGCUGCUCAUGCUGAUGGCUCGCAAUCCAUAGAUAGAAAUUCAUAGAAAGUGGGUUUCGUAGUCAUACACACAGGCACACACACACAAAUUAACUGAAUUGUCAAAGAUCUAUCAUUGUGAAUGUAUUUUACCAUAUGUUACUGGAAUACUAUCAUGGAUGCUUGGCUUCCUCUUAUUUCAUUUGAUCUUUUUCCAAAUUGAUGGUGACUUUUCUCUGAAUGUGACUGUUACGCUGAGAUGCCAAAGAGCUGCACUGGGCAGCUGUGCCUUUUGCCUGACACUUUUGCUUUAUUGUUUUUGUCUACUGGGUGAACAGCACCUGUUGCAGGGAGAGGAUGUGAAUGAAGGGCAAUGAACCAGAUCAGCAUGACGCGGGAAUCAACGUGAUUUACUUGAGUCAUGCUACCCCCUUGUGGGCAUUGUGUGAAAUUGCAUCACUGUGACACCUUACUAUACACACACACACACACACACACACACUGAGUGAACUCCCCUCAUGUGAUCUCACUGAGGAAAAAGUCUCUCUAACUGCUCAGUUCAAAGUCAACCAUAGAUGAGGUCAGACAUACCUUUAAGGUGCUGCGUCAUUUCAGGUCUAUGUGUGUCAUUACUGUUAGUUGGAGGGAUAUUCUUAUUUGCUUUAAAUUUAUAUUUUUCUGUUUUUUUUUUCUUUUUGUACCUUAAAUGGUUCAUGCUAGUUUAAUAUUUUCCUUUUCCAGGUUUAUUGUCUCCCUCUAAAAGUUGUGAUUAAAAGAUGUGGGUCCAUA